CAGACUCCCAACUCCACAGCACCUCCCACCGGCCCCUGGGAGCGAAUCCUUAUCAGUCCCACCUCAGGAUGCAGGCUGCUGGGCUGGAUCCCCUUGAAAGCAGAGGCUUCCCCUUCCAGGCUGCGGUGGGCGCCAGCUUCUCCUGGGACAACGGCACCGGGCACAAUGUCACCCUCCCCGAGCCGCUGCCCUUCUACGUGCUCCUGCCAACGGUGUACUCUGUGAUCUGUGCCAUGGGGCCGGCAGGGAACAGUGUCAUCUACGUGAUUCGGAGGGUGCCCAAGAUGAAAACAGUGAGCAACGUGUUCAUCUUGAACCUGGCCAUCGCCGAUGGCCUCUUCACGCUGGUGCUGCCUGUCAGCAUCACGGAGCACCUCCUGCAGCACUGGCCCUUCGGGGAGCCGCUCUGCAAACUGGUGCUGGCCACCGACCACUACAACAUCUUCUCCAGCACCUACUUCCCGGCCACCAUGAGUGUGGAUCGCUACCUGGUGGUGCUGGCCACCACACAGUGCCGCCGGGUGCCCCAGCGCACCCUCCGCAGAGCGAAGAUCACCAGCCUUUGUGUCUGGAUCGGUGUCACCAUCAUGGUCCCGCCCUUCUUCUCCUUUGCUGGCGUCUACAGCAAUCAGCUGCAGGUCUCGAGUUGCGGGCUGAUCUUCCCGCGGCCUGAGAGGGCCUGGCUCAAGGCCAGCCGCAUCUACAUGCUAGUCCUGGGCUUUGUGGUGCCCGUGUGUACCCUCUGCGUGCUCUACGUGGACCUGUUGCGUCGGCUGCGGGCCCUGCGGCUCCACUCCAGAACCAAAGCUCUGGGCAAAGCCAAGCGGAAGGUGACCACCCUGGUCCUGGCUGUGCUGGCCGUGGGCCUGCUCUGCUGGACGCCCUUCCACCUGGCCUCCGUCGUGGCCCUGACCACAGACGUGCCCCAGGCGUCACUGGUCAGCGGCAUCUCCUACGUCGUCACCAGCCUCAGCUAUGCCAGCUCCUGUCUCAACCCUUUCCUCUACGCCUUCCUGGAUGAGAACUUCCAAAACAGCUUCCGCAGCACCUUCCGGUGCUCAGGGGCCUCAGCGCCCUCUGCAGAGCCUCCGUGUGUCUGCUAGGAAAAGCGCUGUUCCCUUUGGAGGAAAGGCUCACCUGCUCACGUCCC